AAUCCCUCUCCUUCUUCCUUCUUCCUUCUUCCUGCCCAAGUUCAGACUACAGUCCUACACUGAAACAACGUCCCCUUUCCCUUUUCCCUCUCCUCUCUCCCUGAAUUGGCAAUGGCGACGUGGGAUUUCACUUUAGACGACGACAACUUCGACGAUGCUUUCUUCCAAGAAGUCGACAAGUUCACUCUCGCCACUUCUUCAACCCAAAACCACCAACAAAACCACCAACAAAACCACCAACAAAACCACCAAAACCAACCACAAAACCACCAUUUCAAUCCCGAACCUUCAUCUACCAUUACAGCAUCCUUCCACUCAAUCCCCCAACAAUUUCCAGAACCCUCUAUUAUUGACACUAUUACGUUUUCUCCUCCUCGAGAACUUUCUCAGCGAAACCCUAGAUAUAACGAUAAUAACAAUUCUCAGCGAACCACUCGAUCGAUUUCUCCCCCCAUUACUGAUGAACACCUUGAAAUUGAACGAUUGAAGACAGAAUUGAGUUACGUCUCCAAAGAACUUCUGGAUGUGAAACAAGAAUGCUCAGAGCUUAAGAAGCAGAGAGAUAAGGAGCAGCAGCUAAAGUUUGAACAUACCAACAAGAAACCCAGGACCUGCAAGUUGCAAGAACAAUUGACAAAUGGGGUUUCACUAAGAUGUAAAAAUGUAAAUGUUACUGCUGAUCAUGCUGCUUCCAGGAUAAGAGUAGAGAAAAAAAGUGCUGGUAUCCAAACAGAUGAAGUUGAUGAAUCUCUUAAUCCAAGCACUAGUGGCUCUACAUCCACGCAUGACGGAUUUUCUAGUUUGCGACUCAUCUGGUCCCCGUUAAGUAGCGAAAGAUCACGGAGAAAUUUUGUUGCUAAGUUACUUGAGGCAUGUGCAAGUGACUUCUGUGUUCUCUUUGGUUGUUUGGGUCUGAAUAUGACUUCCAAAAUGGAUAGCGACUGCUUGACUCAUGAACCGAUGCCUGAAAAAAUUCCAGGUCUGAAUUCUGCUGAAGCGUCCAAGGUAUCACAGUUAUAUUCUGUGUUGACAAAGCUCGCUGAUGAUACGGUUCAUAUAAAUGCUUUUGUGGCGGUACUGCUUGAUCUAUGUAUUCUUGAAAAUGAUCUAGUUGUUCGCAGGUCUUUGCAUAUUCUGUACAUUGCUUUGCUUCACAUGUUGAGCAUUGAUAGAAGGUCUCCUAAAAGGGAUAAUGUCAUGGUGAAGAGAUGCAACUCUGGAUCAGAUACUGUGCAUAUUCAUGACUAUGAAGUGGAAAAAAAUGAAACAUUUUCCUUUCUUUCUCACGUAGACUGGCUUCAGCUGUUUAUGUCUGUGCGUCAAAUUGCUAUUAAAUUGACGGAAGAAUGUGCAGCAAGGGUGGAAGCAGUUUCCAUCAUGAAAAUAAUUCUAAUAAGAACUGAACCUUGUUCAGCUAGAGCAAAGUUUGGAGAUCCACUUGUUUUUGAAGCUGUUGCUUUACUGCUAAGAAAGGAAGCUGGGUUUUUCUGCCGGAAAGAAGCUGUGCAUCUUCUAUAUUUACUAUUGAACUGUCCAAGUAUAUUAAUCACCUUUUGCUCGAGUCGUAAAGAAGACAAUGGUGCAAUAAGUUUGACUUCUCAAGAAUCUCGUGCCGUUCUUGAGGCAUUGUCUGAAUGUGCAGAUUGCUCUGAGUCUGAUGCAAAGGAGCUGAACCUUCGUAGAAAUGCAAUAAUGGUGCUAUCUUUCUUAGCUUCUUCUGGUAAAGGUGGAUUUGAAUGUUUUUUGUUCCACAAGCUUUCCAAAAGGGUCAAUUUUCUGGAACUAGUUCUGCAAGUACUGGUUGCAGAAAUUGAUGCAGAAGCAUUUGAAUCUUGCCAUGCAGCAGAUAUAUCCAGAGAGAGAACUUUACUCAUGCGAGAGGCUUUGAUAUUACUCAACCGAAUGGCAUCUCAUCCUAUAUAUUCGGCCAAAGUCUUGCAAGUUUUAAGAAGCUGUGGAGAAAUGGUGAGUUUGGCAAUUGAUAUUGCUACGAGGUUGUCCAAGAAAAGGCGGAGGCAGAUGAAGGAAUAUGAAGAAGUUGUGGACUUGGCUUGCAUUUUUAAGAAAAAACUUUACACUUUUAUUUCCUCCUGAAUAUAGUUUUUGUAUGAUGUCAACAAUUUAGGUCUACUGCAUGUUCAUCAAUUUCUUGCCAAGGAUCCGUUACGUGAAAGGCGAUUGAAAUGGGGCAGCUAAUACACAGAUAACCAUGAGAUUUUUUUUUUUUUUUUUUGAGGAGAUACAACCAUGAGUUUUGGGUGAAGUUCAUUUGUCAUACUAGAAAUAGUGGCGUUGUAAGUUUGCAACACUAUAUUUGUAAUGAAUGAGCUUCAAUUUUGGGUCAAAUUUUUUGAUAAUCAGAAUUUAUUGUGUUAAUC